UGCUCACUGAGAGAGCAGUCUGUGACAUUACACACAAGCACAGCACAUCACUGCUGCCUGCAGACAUGGGUUGUUAUGAAUGCUGUAUGCGUUGUCUGGGAGGAGUGCCGUAUGUCUCUCUGGUGGCCACUCUGCUGUGUUUCUCUGGCAUUGCUCUGUUCUGCGGCUGUGGACAUCAGGCCCUUACAGAGAGCGAAAGACUUAUCGAGACGUACUUCACCCGUGACCAUCAGGACUACAUCGCCCUAGCGUACCUUAUUGAGUAUUUUCAGUACAUCAUUUAUGGCCUGGCCUCCUUCUUCUUCCUGUACUGUAUAGUCCUGCUGGCUGAAGGUUUUUACACCACCAGUGCAGUCCGGCAGUCAUUUGGAGAAUUUCGUAGUACAGUUUGUGGUCGCUGUCUCAGCACAAUGUUCAUUGUGAUCACAUAUGUCCUGGUUGUGGUCUGGUUGCUGGUGUUCUCCCUCUCUGCGCUUCCUGUCUACUUUUUCUACAACAUGGCAAACACCUGUCACACUAUCAGCAUCCUCUCUGAGACGCCCUCCAGCAUCAACCAGCUGUGCAUUGAUGCCAGACAGUACGGUUUACUUCCAUGGAAUGCAGUACCAGGAAAGGCUUGUGGGAUGACCCUGUCUAAUGUCUGCAAGACAAGAGAGUUUUUCCUGAUCUAUGAUCUCUACACCGCUGCCUUCGCUGGAGCGGGGAUGACAGUCUUGGCUCUGCUCACAUUUACUGUGUCCACCACCUAUAACUUUGCAGUUCUGCGGUAUCUGGGGAGGAAAGGCAUCAGUCCACGCUGUUAGCGUCUGUUCUGUCCUGGUGUCCUUCUGCGGUCAAUAACAGCACCAUAUUGGAGCACUUUAGAAUUUCUCAUCUUCUUCUUUUCCACAACACAACACACUUUCCUGACUCUCUUGUAGAUUU